AUGGCGUCCACUUCCUUGUCCUCGGUCCUCUUCCUCCUCCUGGCUACCUAUGCCGCCGGUGCCAGUGCCGCCAUCUUCACCGUCAAAAACAACUGCAGUUACACGGUGUGGCCAGCAGCCAUCCCAGUUGGCGGGGGCACCCAGCUGGACCCAGGCCAGGCGUGGACCGUCGAGGUGCCCGCUGGAACCACCGGCAGGUUCUGGGGGCGCACCAACUGUUCCUUCAGUGGCGGAAGCGGCCACUGUGAUACCGGCGACUGCGCUGGCGCCCUCAACUGCACCGUCUCCGGGCAGCCAGCCACGACGCUGGCUGAGUUCAGCAUCGGUGGCGGCGCCGGCACCCGAGACUUCUACGACAUGUCGGUGAUUGACGGCUACAACCUGCCCAUGGCCUUCUCCUGCAGCACAGGCGUUGGUCUGGUGUGCACGAGCCCAACCUGCCCUACAGCGUGCCUGUUUGUGAACGAUGAUUGCCGGACCCAUGCGUGCAGCAGCAACAGCAACUACCAGGUGACCUUCUGUCCGUGA